AAAACAGGUUAACUCAAGGCUUGUGAAAGUGUUUGUUUUGCUGCAACGCUUGGACAGUACGAUGUUAUCCGUAGAACUGUAGUUCACUCCACCGCUCAUAUUUUUGCUGAUGUCAAAAAACAGUAUCUUCUUUAUGUCUGAUAUUUUUCAGAUUUAAGGUUUAAAACCUUAAAUUCAUCAAAAUUUUCUAGCUCAUAGAUACCCACCCAACUAAAACUCGUGGAGAUCAGUCACUGAAUCCCCCCUAAAUCCCAGAUACUGGAUUCUUGUGCAGUUUAAGUUCGAAAGAUGGGAGGGGGGAUGAAAUCCUUUUGGGAAAAAGUUUUGCCUUUUGCUGCUAUGGUGGUGGUCGAAUGUGGUGAAGUUGGGAUGAUUACAUUAGGGAAGGCGGCCAUGAACAACGGGUUAAGCAAUCUCGUGUAUGUAGUUUACUAUAAUGCCCUUGGCACCUUUCUUCUGCUUCCAAAUUUCAUCGUUCACAGCUGCAGAAGUAAUCGACCCCCCCUCACUUUAUCAGUUCUUUCUAAACUCUUUGGCCUCGGCCUUUUAGGGAUUUGUCUUUUACAGGUAUGUGCAUAUGCCGGUAUCAACUAUAGCUCUCCAACUCUAGCUGCUGCAUUGGGAAACUUGAUUCCAGCUUUUACAUUCCUGUUUGCCAUCAUGUUUAGGAUUGAAAAGUUUGACAUAAGAAAGUCACCAAGUCAAGCAAAAGCAAUAGGUACGAUAGUAGCUAUAACCGGAGCAUUCGUGAUGACUCUUUAUCAAGGUCCACCUCUAUUCAAUAGGAUUCUUGAUCACGAUUCAAACACGAAUCUACUUUCAUCACAACAGUCAAACAAUUGGGUACUCGGGGGUUUACUUAUUACAAUCACUUGCAUUUGCUCUUCAUCAUGGAAUGUUUUUCAGACCGCAACUGUUAAGGAGUAUCCAGAUGAAGUUACAGUAGUUUUCCUGUUUUGCUGCUUCGGAACAGUUCAAUGUGCACUUUUUACUCUCCUUUAUGAACGAAAUAUAGACGUUUGGAUAUUGGAUAAUAGCACCGAGUGGGUAUCGAUUGUUUUUGCGGCAUUUUUUGGCACCGCAGUCCGGAACAGUCUUAUAACAUGGUGUCUGCGCAAAAAAGGCCCGAUUUUUGUAUCCAUGUUCAAACCCAUCUCAAUGGUGAUUGCAGUGAUCAUGGGUAUGUUGUUUCUUGGUGAUGUUCUUCAUUUAGGCAGUGUGAUUGGAGCAGUGGUAAUUGCUCUAGGAGUUUAUACAGUUUUAUAUGGGCAAUCGAAAGAUAGUAUUUUGAUGAUUAAUGAUGUUUCAAGACUCGAAUCAGCAACCGAAAACACCCCUCUGAUCCAAAAAUGAAUGGGUCAAUAUUUUGGUCAAAGUAUGUUGUCAGUUGGUUCUUGAUAUGCUAUUAUUUGAAUGUAACUAGCACCAGAAAUCAUGAAGUACCAGAAAUAAAAUGUACCCAAAAGUUGUAUUCUUUUGUGUA